UGUUAGCGGAACCACUGCAGAGCAAGCAAGACUUUUCAUUUCUGUGUAAUAACGAGAAAAAUUUGCUAGCAUAUUCAUCUGUUGGCGCUCUGGAGGAGCUACGUCUCUGGUGUAUGGUGGCAGAAGUCGUUAACGACACUGCGACCAGUUGUCACCCAUCAAUCGAAGCGGUUGAACGGAAUCAAAAAUAGUAUUGGAGUACUUCACAGCUGCGAGAAGGCCGUGAAACCACAUCGCCAGCGUAGCGAGAAGCGGAGGUAACGUCAGCAGCGGAGGGAAGUGAGGAUGUAAACAAGACGGAGGUAAUGCUACAGUUCGGAAUGGGUACACACCAAACCCAUUUCUUCUCCUUCAGUGCCGUGGAUAACAGCAACUGUUCGGCCAUGUUCCAGCUUCGCCCAACCACGACUGACCCCCCGACAGUGCUAUCCUACCCCACCCAGGCUUUGCCUAAAGUUGUCAGUUUGCCUGUUUGUAAUGGGUCCGAACUUUCCACACCCUUACCGCGGGAGAUGACAUUUAAUGAUGACAAUAUGGUGUCGGUCAUAGCUUACAUAUGCUUGUUCAUAGUAGCUGCAUCCGGCAAUCUCAUCGUCUUUGUGACAUUGUUCCGAAGUCGGGGUUUUAAAUCGCGUGUUAACACCUUCAUCAUGCAUCUGUCUAUAGCCGAUCUGAUCGUCGCCUUUAUCAUGCUGCCUCUUGAAACGUUGUGGCACAUCACUGUGGCUUGGAAGGCUGGAGAUCGGGCCUGUAGAUUCAUGAUGUUCUUUAGGGCUUUUGGAUUCUACCUGUCCUCCUUCAUCCUCGUCACCAUCAGCCUAGACAGGUACUUCUCCAUCGUGCAUCCCAUGAGCAUCCACGACGCUGACCGCCGGGGUAAAAUCAUGUUGGGUGUGGCCUGGACGCUCAGUGUAAUUGCAAGUAUGCCGCAGAGCGUCAUAUUUCACGUGGAGCCACACCCGACCUAUCCAUGGUUCACCCAGUGUGUCACCUUUAACUUCUUUCCCUCGCCAGUGCACGAGCUGGCCUACAACCUGUUCAGCGUGGUCACCGUCUACGUCCUCCCGCUCCUCGUCAUCACGACGUCAUAUUCCUUGAUUCUUUGUAAAAUAUCAAAAAAUGCACGCUCCAAAGAUAUCAUUGUCGACUCCAGACAGACACGAGGAGGGAUCCGAUGUUCGAAUUCGGGAAGGAUGGGCAAGGCCAAGAUACGGACUUUAAAGAUGACGUUAGUUAUUGUGAGCGUGUUUAUUCUUUGUUGGACGCCAUAUUUCGCCAUGGCCGCCUACUGGUGGUUUGAUCGGGAAGCCGCCAAGAAGAUUGACCAGAAAGUACAAAGAGGACUUUUCCUAUUUGCUGUAUCAAACGCGUGCAUGGACCCGCUAGUAUAUGGAAUGUUUACAACAACCUUCCGGAGGGAGGCGAAACGUUGGAGAGACUGCUUCAAAUGGCGACUCGGUAGAAUUGGUCUGUCCUCCUCACAGCAACAAGAAGUGAACAGACCCAGGGACAAGUAUGUGUGAGAUAUAAUCAGCACAACAGCAGCACCAAAGAUCCGAGGACAACCCGUUUACUCAGCAAGGCUUAAUCGGAUCGAGACAUAACUACAUCGGUGGUACGCCUCAGUUGCCGUUCACUGCCGGCAAUCUGGUCACUGGGAUGUGGGCACGCCAUGCAAUCAGGCGUAAUUAUCUCUCAUAAAGUUUUAUUUGACCUCGAAAAUUCCUUUUAAUUGGUGAUCACGAACCCCGGAUAACACGAACUAAAUU